UGGCAUCAACCUAUUGAGGAACGUCCAAAAAUAAGAAUAUUUUGUACCUAGAUGAAGUUUAUGAAUAUGAGUCCCUUUUCAGGUUUGUGGCAAAGGUUUUAUGAGCAAGCGAGGGUGCAUCGAACAUAUGUAUUAUAAACACAGCAUCAACGCCUUCUCCUGUUACACUUGCGGCAAGACUUUUCCGAGAAAAUCGAAUUUAAUCAACCACACACAGUCCCAUAGUGGAGAGAGACCGUACAUUUGCCAACAUUGUGGCAGAGGAUUUAGGACAAAGUCAAACUUAAACAGUCAUGUAACGACUCACACUGUAAAAAGUACAGUCGAGUGCAAAGACUGCUCGAAGACAUUCCGGUUUAAGGCUUCUUUCAUAAAACAUAAUUUAUGCAGAUUCAUACUGGUGACACUCAUCAGGACAACCCUAAUGACAUUAGACCGUAGGAUACACACCGGCGACAAGCCCUAUGCUUGCACAAAAUCACUACUUAUCAAAUCAUCUGCGGACGAAUACUGGAGAGAAGCUAUAUAA